AUGGCCCUAAACACAUUGUCAUGGCUAAAUCAAUGCUUCGUGGAAAAGAUUCUGCGAAAAUCGGAAGGCGACGAUUCGAUUCAAGUGAUCGAUGUAUUUUCAAAUCGGGGCUCGGACAAGGGUGACAACUAUAAUUGCGAUAUCGUCAGAAUUACUGCUGAAUUUUUGCGUGAAGAAAGUGAUCGUAAGAUUGUAGAAAAGAAAUCAAUCAUCGUUAAAGUUUCGCCCGCAAUUGAAAGUGUUCGAUUCAAUAUUCUUACACAAUCAGCUUUCUUUCAUACCGAGGUAUCGAUGAUGUUCAAUACUUUGGAUAAAAUGAAUAAAUUAUUAGGUCCAAAGCACCGUCUAAGUGGGAAAGGUUUAUACGUGCAAAAUGAAAAUCCAAUACUUCUGGCAAUCGAAGAUCUCAUGCCUCUCGGUUUUUGUAUGGCCGAUCUGUCUGGUCUCGACUUAAUUCAUUCCAUAUUGGCGCUUCGCGGACUAGCCAGAUUUCAUGCAGCCUCAGUAGUCAUAUGCGAAAAG